AUGUUCGCCUCAAUCAAGAACAAGCUCAAAUCAUCAUCGUCGUCCGCGGGCAAUAGCAGUAUGAAGCAGUCGUCAAAUUCACACCCUCAAAACAACAGCACACCGUCGACCAGGCGGCCAGCACCUGUUCGAACACAAGACAUGGACGAUGCGCCACCACCUGCAUACUCACCACCUGCAAACGCCGCCGCGACAUCACAAAUCCCAAGCAUAGCAGUCACACAAGUCGCCGACGACCCCUAUGCCUUUCUCGGCAGUUUCGACACGAUCUUCCUCGUCGACGACAGCGGCUCCAUGGUCGGAAGUCGCUGGCACGAGACCGCCGAAGCACUCGAAACCAUCACACCAAUCUGCACCGCGCACGACGCCGACGGCAUCGACAUCUUCUUCCUCAACCACCCAGACUCCGCCUUCCACCACAACAUCACGCAAUCCUCCAUCGUGCGCGAGAUCUUCCAGACCGUCCGACCCAGCGGCGGCACGCCCACUGGCCAGCGCCUCAACCAGAUUCUCAAACCCUACCUCCGCCGCGUCCAAGCCAAUCCCGACGCCACGAAACCUAUCAACAUCAUCUGCAUCACCGACGGCGAACCCUCCGACGACGUUGAGAGCCCGCUCAUCGCGGCGGCGAAGAAGCUCGAUAAGAUCGACGCUCCGGCGUGGCAGGUGGGCGUGCAAUUCUUCCAGGUCGGUAGGGACGAGACUGCGAAGAGGCACUUGCAGCAAUUGGACGAUGAGUUGGCGGAGAUUUCGGGCGACGAUGAGUUGAGAGACAUUGUGGAUACGGUGCCGUUUAUGGGAAGUGAGGGCGCAAGGUUGAGUGGCGAGGGGAUCUUGAAGGUCGUGCUUGGGGCGGUGAAUCGGAGGCUGGAUCGCAAGAAGGCUAAGGGGCUUCAUCGGUGA